AUACAGCCACCUCUUAUAAUUUGAGAAGGUGAUUAAUAUUGUUGAGGUAGCUAGCCAUUUUGUUUUCUUAAUAAUUUUCAUCUAUUAUGAUGUUCUCAUCGGUUUGUAGUUCUCUUUCUCCCCUUGGAACUAAUAUAACAGUUCCUCGUAGUAAUUAUUUUAAGUCAACAUCAUCAUCAUCUCAUUAUUACAAAAUAAAUAAUAAACCAAUUACAUUCUCAUCUUUUUCUUCAACACAAGAUUACUCUGCCAAAGGUACUCUUGUAUACACAGAAAACAAAUUCACAAAAUCAUUUCUCCAAAGGAAAACCUCCAUAAGGGCAAAUGGUGAAAUUGAAGCUGAUGGGUCUGAUGGCACUACUGAAUUUAAUGUGAUGAAAAGUGGAAACACAAUUUGGAGAUUUGCAAGGCCAUAUGCAGCCAAGGGAGUGUUGUUUAACUAUGCUGCUUUGUUUGCAAAAGAAUUGGUGGGGAACCUGAAUCUAUGUAGUUGGAGUUUGAUUUUGAAGAUACCCUCUUUUGUAUUGGUUAUUCUUUGUGUCACAAUAUGUGUAAAUGGCAUCAAUCAAAUUUAUGAUCUCGACAUCGACAGGUUAAACAAACCUGAUUUACCAUUAGCUUCAGGAGAAAUGUCAAUUGAAAUGGCAUGGGUUUUGACUAUAUUUUGUGCAAUAAGUGGGCUCAUAUUAACAAUUACAAUGAACUCAGGCCCAUUCUUUCCUUUUCUAUACUGUGGUUCUAUUUUUGUGGCGGGUUUUCUCUAUUCUGCUCCUCCAUUCAGAUUCAAGAACAAUCAUUUUACAGCACUUUUGUGUAAUUAUGUGAUGUUUGUGAGCACAACUCUUCAGAUCUAUUGUGCUUACAAGGCUGGUCUUGGACUUCCACUAAACUGGAGCCCUGCUUUUUGUUUGCUCGUUUGGUUUCUUUCAUUGAUUGCUGUUACCAUCUGCAUCGGCAAAGAUCUUUCAGACAUUGAAGGUGACCGCAAGUUUGGUGUAACAACGUUCCCAACUGAAUAUGGAGCAAAACCCAUAGCACUUAUUUGUCAUGGACUUAUCCUCCUCGAUUAUGUGGGUCUUAUGGCUGCAGCUAUUAUUUGGCCACAGCUUUUCAACAGUAAAUUAAUAUUGCUUUCUCAUGCGUUCAUGGCAGUUUGGGUAGUAUACCAGGCUUGGAUAUUAGAGAAGUCAAAUUACACCACGGAGGCGUGCCAAAAAUACUAUAUGUACUUGUGGACAAUCUAUUCUGUGGAACAUAUCCUCUAUUUGUUCAUGUAGUCUAUACCCCUCAGUUUCUUUUAAAUCAAUUUACAAUACAUUUGCAGGGAAUAAAAGAUUUGUCAUUUUUUUUAACUUGUACACCUUAAGUUAUCUUAGAUCUUCUGUUAUUUGUCAGGAUUUAUGCCUCGAAAAGUCUAUAAAAAUAUUUCUGAUUAUCAAUAAAGAGUUGAACAAUUUAGUA